AUGGAAGACCGCAUGAUCAAAACGGAUAUGUUUUCACUGGGCAACAACAACAACUUCCCACAACAGAGCACAGAUGGAAGCCAAGCAGAAAAAAGUCCACGUAAGGUUCUCACCCAAGGCCUGCUUUGUAAAGUGUGCUCUGAUUCAAGCAGUGGUAAACACUAUGGCAUAUAUGCUUGCAAUGGCUGCAGUGGCUUCUUCAAACGCAGCGUACGAAGGAGACUCAUCUACAGGUGCCAGGCUGGCACAGGCAGGUGUCCUGUUGACAAGGCACAUCGAAACCAGUGCCAAGCUUGUCGGCUAAAGAAGUGUCUCCAAGCUGGCAUGAACAAAGAUGGUGAGAAAAGAAGUUACUGCUACCUGCCACAUAAAACUACAGUUGAAGUAUUUUUAAAACAGUUUCAGAUGAUAUAUUGUUCAUCUUUCCCUUUGCAAGCUGUGCAGAAUGAACGACAGCCUCGAAGUGCAGCACAUGUCAGUUUAGACUCUAUUAAUAUAGGCACUAAAAAGGAGCACCUGGCCACCACACAGGAGCUCAGCCCCUUUGACACCCAGUCAUCCGUCAUCUGCAGACCUCUGAUCACUUCAUCUGCCACCAAUUCUUCCACCAUCCAGCCUUGCAGUAACCCUAAUAACAGCCACCGCUUCAUGGUCAGCCUGCUGACUGCAGAGACCUGUGCUAAACUGGAGCCUGAGGAUGUGGACGAGAAUAUUGACGUGACAACAAAUGAUUCAGAGAAGGAUCAGAACCCCUUAGACUGUCGGCUGUUUCCUUACAGCUCCGGCUGUUCAGAGAGCAUAUAUGAGACUUCUGCACGCCUUCUCUUCAUGUCAGUCAAGUGGGCAAAAAAUUUGCCAAUUUUUGCUCGCUUGCCAUUUCGGGACCAGGUGAUUUUGCUUGAAGAAGCUUGGAGUGAGAUGUUCCUUCUGUGUGCCAUCCAGUGGUCCCUGCCCAUGGACAGUUGCCCUCUACUAUCUCUACCCGACCUCUCCCCGACCAAGAUCAGCCCUCCCACAGCUGACCUACAGGUCUUGGAGGAGGUCUUCAGUCGCUUCAAGACCCUGGCUGUUGACCCUACUGAGUUUGCCUGUUUGAAGGCCAUUGUAUUGUUUAAGCCAGAAACACGCAGCCUCAAAGACCCAGAGCAAGUGGAGAAUCUACAGGACCAGUCACAGGUGUUGCUGAGUCAGCACAUUUAUUCAGUAUACCCCAAUCAAAACGCCAGGUUUGGGAGACUGUUACUUCUGCUGCCAUCCCUCCACUUUGUGAGCUCUGGGAAAAUAGAGCAGCUGUUCUUUCACAGGACCAUUGGCAGCACACCCAUGGAGAAGCUGUUGUGUGACAUGUUCAAAAACUAAAAAA